AUGUCUUCGUUGGGCGUCCGUGACGCUCCGGCAAAGAAGGGCUCUCAGCUGGCAGCAAGCCUCAAAGCCAUGGGCAGCACGCAGGCGGAGUACGAAAACCACCUUAAACAAAGAGGCGAACUAGAAAACCAGAAGACCAGAAGGGAGCAACUGUUCAAGAAGGCCUGGUUAGAUGCGACAAACCUCGGAAAAGCAGCCGACGGCGUGUUCGACUCUGCCGAGCUUCACUUCGCAGAACAUCGAAAGAUUCGACAGCAACUAGCAGAUGUGAGAGAAAAAGAGGAGGCUUCUUUGCAACAGCUAGAGAACUCCUACCGCUCUUACGGUUUGAUCAUCGAGUCCCAGCGCUCCACCCAAUCCGCUAGUGAGUAUCGUGUCAGUCCGCGGUCACCCACCACAUCUCAGCGAGACGCAGAGGCUCUGCGUCCUCGGGACAGCACAAGUCCCGCUCAGCGCGAAGCCAUCGACACGAUGCGGACGAGCGACGUAUGCCGCAGUCAAGAACCCAACGUCGACGCCAUCGACGCGCAGAGUACAGUUAACUGCGAACGCGAGGCCGGGCCUGAUACUGCGGACGGCAACAUCGACAACGUGACGGAAAUCCAGCAACCCCCCCCGGCGCGAGUCAAGCGUUUCUCGGAAAUAAACUCUGGCGGUCAAGCUAUCCAUGGGAUUUGCAAAGCGCGACGCGACAAGGUGAAUAAUUGGAUUUUUUCGUGCCGUGGGUCUAAACCUGCAUGCGUCAAGAAACGGUUUUUCUAUCACAGAACCGACGACAAUCUCCUCAAUGCUGUAUCACGUCACGCUACAUCGCAUCAUGGCAUUGCAACAAGAGACUGGCCAGAAAUCUGCCGACAGAUGGGCACCAGAGUCAUAGACUGCACAGAGGACGACGUCAAACGGAAUAACGAAGCUUUCAAUGGCGUUGUGGAUAGGCAUGCCCCCAAAAACAAUCCAAAAGACAAAGCGGAUCCAGAAUACAAGACACGUGGGGGAAAGGUCCCGGAACAACGGGCUACGCGCGAUCUUAGGCCGAGGACAGCAGAAAGACCGCCCAGCGAGACAACGGCUGAGCUUGAGCAGGAUGCCCAGACAGGUGCUUGGGCGUCACCCGAGCGCAACACAUCUCCCUCAGGGGACAUGGACAUGGAGGCUGUGCUGCAGGAAGCUUCGGAGCAAGCUCGAGCUGCUCUGGCCGAAAGUACCCAGCCGCAGCAUGCCUUGGCACCUUAUUCUUCCGAGAUAUUUGAGCCCUUACCGCAGGCUGCCCCAGUCGCCGAGAUGUCGUAA